UUGACAUGCUUACGUUGCCUUUCAAACUUGAGUCAUAUGAGUGGGGGGUAGUGGUCCUACUGAGUCGGCCUCAGUCACAUCACCGUCUCCUAUCUGAAGGCAUGCCAGUACCCGCCCUGCAGAAUCAGCAUCACAGCCUGCACGCUUGACAAGUGCGCCUCCCCCUCCGCGUGCCUUGUUUGACAUCCCCAUCGUUCAGGCUUCGCCUCUGGGAUUUUUUUUUUAAGUCCAGCUCAACGCCAGCCACAGAUUACACAUUCUGCUCACACGCAGGCACCGAGGCAGAGAAGGGCGACGCGGGGCCAAACAGACGCGGUCUUUCUCGCGUGGAGACGACAGCUUUUGCGCGCGAUCGGCGCCAGGCAGAAGCGGAAGAAGACGAGGAGGAGGAAGACGGGGAGAGAGACCAGCGCUGCGUCUGGAUCUUUACGUGCACAUUAAACCUUUCUUUCUUUUUUUUCACCGCAAAGUUGAAGAACUAGGGGCUCGAUUAUUUUGGUUAUUAAUUGCGAUACUGGUCGUCUACGGUGACACCUUUGCGCACCUGUGGAUGCAGCAAACAUCCGCUUGAUGCUCGGACUCCAGUCUUUGGCACACAUAGGAUUCUCCAGUUGAUAAAUCAUCCCGCGCACCAUGCUGCUGAGCGUGUCCCUCUUGGUGCUCCCCUUGCUGUGCGUCACAAGCUGCGGUGCGUCGUACGUGCCGUGCGAGCCCUGUGACCAGAAGGCCCGCUCCAUGUGCCCGCCGGUGCCGGUGGGCUGCCAGGUGGUGAAGGAGCCCGGCUGCGGCUGCUGCCUGACGUGCGCGCUUGAGGACGGCCAGUCUUGCGGCGUGUACACGGGGCCGUGCACUCGCGGGCUGCGAUGCCUUCCCAAAAACGGCGAGGAGAAGCCUCUGCACGCCCUCCUGCACGGCCGGGGUGUGUGCAGAAACGAGAAGUUGUACAAACUGCUGCAGCCUUCGAAAGGCAAAGAGUCCAUGAUGCCCCAAACCAAGGUGCCCAUUUACGGACGGGACCACAUUAGCAGUCGGAAGGCCCAGGCAAUGAAGCAGGCUAAGGACCGCAAAAAGCAGCUGGCACGGGUGGGACCCAACAGCAACUUCAACUUCCUUCUGCAUGGCCCGGAGAAACUGGAACUUGAAUUUGGGCCCUGCCGGAGACGUCUGGAUCACCUGAUUCAAAGCAUGAAGGACACAUCACGGGUCUUGGCUCUGUCUUUGUACAUCCCCAACUGCGACAAAAAAGGGUUCUUCAAGCGCAAACAGUGCAAGCCAUCCCGCGGGCGCAGGAGGGGGAUCUGCUGGUGUGUGGAUCGCUUCGGUGCCAAGGUCCCUGGCAUAAACUACGCCGGUGGUGACUUGCAGUGCAAAGACUUGGACAGCAGCAGCAACCGGAAUGAGUGAGCUUGAGUGCAAAUAGCAGUCUCAUUCAUCACCGUGUGGACAUGAUGAACUUCUUGUUUGAAAAGGGAAGCUGAAACGCUUGCUCAUAUAGGUUAUAUACUGUAACUGUGGCUUUAAAUGGACUGCGUGUGUGGGUGUGUGUGUGUGUGUGUGUGUGUGUGUGUGUGUGUGUGUGUGUGUGUGUGUGUGUGUGUGUGUGUGUGAUGUUUUUGUGCAUUUCGAUAAAUUUAAAUGUCGUGGAAAGCGUCCUUCAUUUCAGUAGUUCAAUUCAGAAAGUGAAACUUAUCGGCAACUUUUAAUUGCCAUGAUUAAGCCUUACAGCCAACAAAAGUCCUACAUUCAGUCCUGUAUCCCACAUAAUUACAAUAUUAUAUAUAUUAAAAAAAAAAAUCAGUUUCGUUAACUACUGAUGCGGCACUCUGAGUAUUUAAUGAUUCAAAAGACCUCCAAAGCCUUUAAAUGGUCUCUAUAAGUUUGCUUCAGUGCAUCACUGCUGACUUGACGAUUGUCCAGAGGAUAAUCAUUGAAAUCCUCCCAAGGAAAGCAAGCAAUCAAUACUUUUUGAUCAGGAAGCACAAAUACAUGCACAAACAUCACUACAAAAAGUCGUGGAAGCAAAAAGUGCGGGCGAAAAAGAUGGGCAUUGCAACAGGGGUAACCGUAGCCUUGAGAAUUGUCAAGCAAAAUCCCUCCAAAAAUUUGGAGGAAUUUCACAAACUAUGAGUGGACUGGGGCAGGAGUUAGAGUGAAUUUUGGAUCACUUAAUGCAUUUUUUUCUGCUGACCAGCUUAAUGGGGCUGUUGAUUAGAUGGACCAGGAGGGCUCGGUCCCCGCCUAGCUCAGGGACACUUGAGCCAAUAAUGUAGAGCAGAUGACGUCAAGCCUAUGGUCAAAGCAACCGAGGCUUCCUUCAAAAUUCAGCAGUGUCACAGAGCCAUCGCAUCCAUGCCACACUGCAUUAAAGCAGUAAACAAUGCAAAAGCAGCUCCAAAUGCAUAUGAAUGAACAUGUUUCUUAGAAUACAGUACCAACAUUUUUUGGUGUCAAAAAAGAACCUUGAUUUGUUAUGAUGUAAUGUUGAAAUGUUUACAGAUGAUGAAUUUGGGGUUUUUGUUAGCUGUAAGCUGUAAUCACUAAUAAAAUGAGCGAAAUUGAUACUGUA